AUGGAUUCCACAGACAACGUCGAUAGCGUGGCCGCGCAAGUCGAGGCUCUCGCGAUCAGCGCCAACAUCACUCCCAGAACCCUCCUCGGUAUGCCGAAAGAGAUCCAGCAGCGAAUCUUCGAGCUGUUGCUCGAAGAGGAAAACCCCACGCUCGGCAUCACAAUCGCCCAAGAUCUCGUCGACGGGGAGUACUCUGGAAGAGUCAGCAAAGAGAUCGAGUAUGCGACUCCAUGGAUUCCUCAGCUAAGACUCGUCUCGUCCUCCAUCAAUGCCCUCGCAUCACCGAUCAUCGCCGCUCGCGCUUCCAUCAGAUUUACGCGCGGGAGCUCCAAGAGGAACUGGGAGGAGCGGCUUCCGUUGCUGCAUCUUGCGCGGUACGUCCCGGGAUACCUGCUAGCUAGAGUCAGAACGAUCGCUAUACUGGAGCACAACGCCUAUUACUAUAUGCGGCCGCUGGAUGCGGUAGAUGCCAGCGGCUUUCCGAAGCUGGAAUACGUGGAACUGGGCCCAUACGAUCCUGCAUACACGAUGGUGUCGGUUCUGGCGGAGAUGGAAGAUGACACCACGCGUGUCAAGAUUGCCAGAGUCCUCAAUAUCAUACAACGACUCGCACCUGGGCACAAUGCUCUCUUUUUGGCCCUGAAUGUCGGCAUUUACGGCUCUCCAGACCAAGUACUCCGACGCUUUUUCAAAGCAACGUUGCUGCCGAUGUUCGAAGGCCGGCUGAAGGAUUAUGCCGACCUCAUGCGCAUCAUGAGAGCGAAGGUCUGGGAAUUGCAGCACGACAGCGUUCAGGGCCUAACGUCAACGACGAGACUUGCUUUGUGUAUUAAAGAUCUUGCAAGUAGAACGGAUACGGCACGCUAUGAGCGCGUCGGAUAUGGUCCUGCCAGAUUGGGUAUCAAGAACGAGACGUGGGGAGAGCAUAAGAACAACGAGCUCCUCGAAGUCCUCCGGGUGUAG